AUGAAUGGACAGUCUUUGAUUGGCGGCGCUGGUGACGCCCCUCAUAGUCCUCUUUGGACGGACCCUUUUGGAAAUAGAGCCGGUGAGGCAGCGCGCAGAGGCUUUGGCCGGCUAAGCUUGGCCCUUGCCUAUGGGCCUGAGGAACAGGAGCUGGAGGAAGACACAGCCAUGGAAGACACUCCUACAAUUGUUAAAGGGGAACAUGGUGAAAACCAGGUUGCACCAUGUCGAGGGAAACUCCCCAAGGCGCUUAGCUACAUCACUGGUGAUAUGAAAGAAUUUGCUAACUGGCUAAAAGACAAGCCUGUGAUACUUCAAUUCAUCGACUGGGUUCUUCGGGGCCUAUCCCAAGUGGUGUUUGUCAGCAACCCUAUCAGUGGAAUCCUGAUUCUGGUGGGACUUCUGGUCCAGAACCCCUGGUUGACUCUCACUGGCUGUUUGGCAACUAUGGUAUCUACUCUGACGGCAUUGCUGCUUAGACAAGACAGGUCAGCAAUAGCCGCGGGGCUCCACGGCUACAAUGCCACCCUGGUGGGAAUUCUCAUGGCGGUCUUUUCAGACAAGGGGGACUACUACUGGUGGCUGCUAUUCCCCAUCGUUAUUGUGUCCAUGACUUGCCCAAUCUUCUCCAGUGCAUUGAACUCUGUGUUCUGCAAAUGGGACCUCCCUGUCCUCACUCUGCCUUUCAACAUGGCAUUAUCACUGUUCCUGGCAGCCACAGGACAUUACAAUCCCUUCUUUCCGGUCAAAUCGUUCCCACCUGUAACCUCCAUCCCUGUGGUCACCUGGUCUGAACUCAAUGCCCUAGAGUUAUUAAAAUCUGUGCCCGUGGGUGUGGGUCAGAUAUAUGGCUGUGACAACCCAUGGACAGGUGGCAUUUUCCUGUGUGCAAUUCUGCUGUCCUCCCCGCUCAUGUGUCUGCAUGCUGCAAUCGGAUCGUUUCUCGGGAUAGCAGCAGGAUUCAGCCUGUCAGCUCCAUUUGAAAAAAUCUACGCUGGACUUUGGGGUUUCAACAGCUCCCUGGCAUGCAUUGCAAUAGGAGGAAUGUUCAUGGCCCUCACUUGGCAAACCCACCUCCUGGCUCUUGCCUGUGCUCUGUUCACUGCCUACCUUGGAAUCGGCAUGGUACACGUGAUGGCUGUGGUUGGACUACCAGCUUGUACCUGGCCCUUCUGUUUAGCUACGACAUUGUUCCUCUUGAUGACCACGAAAAACCCCAACAUCUACAGGAUGCCCCUCAGCAACGUCACUUAUCCUGAACAAAACCGCAUCGUCUACCUGGAAGUUAAGAAAAAGACGGUUGAAAGCCCUUUUCAAGAGCAGCAUUCGUCCGGAGUCAUGGUCCUGAGUUAA